AUGACGGGGGCUAAAACUCCCAGAAUGCACCUGUCCCCCGGCAGAGGCUCCAUCGGGUCCAUGCAGCCCGAGCAGGUGGACAGGGUUUUCCAGGCUCUCCGCAGAGGACUCAGGCACGUAAACUCCCACAUGAACUUCAACAGCUACACGUUAGCCACUAAGCUGCGGAGACACGUGCGGUCAGCCCACCUGCAGCAGAAACCCUUCAGCUGCCCCUGCGGCGCCGCCUACACCGUCCGGCAGAGCCUGCUCAGGCACCAGGCCCAGCACCAGGCGGGGGGGGGGGGCCGGGGGGGGGGGGGCCCGGGGGGGGGGGCGGGGGGCAGCCAGGGCCGGCCGGGUCCAGCCCCGGGCCACCAGAGGCCCACCAAAGGCCGGCCCAGGAAGAGCCAGGAGGCUAGCACAGCGCUAACCCAGGAGGCUAGCAUAGCGCUAACUCAGGACGUUAGCAUAGCGCUAGCCCAGGAGGGGGCGGGCCCAGAAAAGGGGGCGUCGGCCGGGGGGGGCGUCCAGCACGCCGUGCUGAUGGACAACAUGGCCGCCCCCCCGGCCUCCCCCCCCCCGCCCGGGGCGCCCCCCCACUCGCCGGCGGCGGCGGCGGCCAUCGUGCUGGUGGUGGCGCUCAUCAUACUGGGAACGCUGGUGGGCAACGUGCUGGUGGUGGUGGCGGUGCUGAGCUGCCGGGCGCUGCGGGCCCCCCAGAACCUCUUCCUGCUCUCACUGGCCUCCGCAGACAUCCUGUUCAUGUGGGAGUUUACGUGCCUGAGUCCUCUGCGGAGAGCCUGGAAAACCCUGUCCACCUGCUCGGGCUGCAUGGACCCGAUGGAGCCUCUGCCGGGGGACAGGGACGCCUCCCUCAGGACGGCCACCGGGGGGCGCUCAGGCCCGCCUCAGCCCCGGGUCCACAAACAGCCUGUCCUGACCCUCCCCACUCACAGUGGACAUUAA